AUGGGAGCUGAAUACAUUGUCUUUGGUCGUGCCGUCCCCACCUACAAGUUGGCCCUUGCCACUUAUGCUGCCGUUGCAACCCCCAUCAUUGCCUCGAAGAUGACUAAAAAGGAGGCUCCUGCUAACGUCAUUCAUGCUUCUUCCCAGGACGAGGCAGCCUUCAUCCGCGAGUUCAUCAGGGCUGCUGAGGAGGAUCACAAGCACAAUGUUUAAAGUGGUUCUCUUUUAAGACUACUUCAUCUCUGUAACCUUCCCCUCUUGCUCCACUCCCUUGAACCUUCCUACAGUAACAAAAUAAAGAAAAAUCGUCUACG